CCUCAGACUGCCGUGCGCCUUUAUUCAACUUGUGCUACUAUGAGGGGACUGGUUGUUCUGUCCGUCCUGGCAGUGUGGGCACUGCCCUGUGCCAGUGUGCCAACGCGAGACACCAGUGGACGCCACUGGACCUGCGAUGAGAACGAAAAAGAGCCAGGGGCGAGUUUGGCCAUGCUCAGCAUCAACAACAAACAUUUCCAUGGAUACAAGUUCCAGCUCAGUAACAUAACCUCCAGCACAGCGGAGAAGGGUGAAUCUGACUGUAAAUUGCACCUGGAACUGGACCUCCAGGAAACCAUCUGUCACGUCGUCAACCCAAAAUCUUUUAAAGAGUGUGACAUCCGCCCACAUCAUGAAACGCAAGUGAAUGCCCACUGCAAUGUGACCCUGAGCAUCACAGAAGGCAUUGCAGAGGUCUCUAAACACUCCUGCAACAUUGAACCAGUUUCCGCUGAGGAGAUGGUCAGAAUGUGUCCGGACUGCCCCACUCUGCUGCCCCUGCAUAGCCCCGAGGGCCUAGAGAGUGUGAAGGCAGGCCUCAGGCAGUUCAACAUGGACCACAACUACACCUCCUACUUCAAACUGAUGGAAGUGGGGAGGAUAACAUCUGGGUACAUGAUGAUGACUGGAAUGAACUACUACGCUGAAUUUGCCAUCAUGGAGACUGAGUGUAAUGCCAAGAGCAGGAUAGACACACAGGCCUGCAAGCCAAUGUGCCCCGAUAAAGCUCGCCAUGGGCUCUGUAAAUCCACACUGCUAGGGAAUGGCAAUGUGGAUGUCGACUGUGAGAUCUAUGAAGCUCUGAACGCCAGUUCUCCCCGUACCCCUGGAAGGGAGUGUGGACCCCCACCACACAAGCCCGGACACCCCAACCAUCCUGGCAUGAAACAUCACCUCCCUCCCUUGCUACACAGGCUGCCAACAGGCAAUCCAAGCCCUCUACCAGGCUUCCCAGGACGCCCAGGUGGCCCACCCCGUGAUCCCCAUAACCCACCCCCUGGUCCCCAUAACCCACCCCCUGGUCCCCAUGGAGAGUUCCCCUUCCCCCACUGUCACGGCUUUGUGAAAAUCCCCCCCUCUAUCCACCCUCUUUGCCCCUUCCCACCCCCUCAUCACUCCCACCCACACCCUCGCCCCCAUGGCCAUGGGCCACCCCUAGGGCACUCUCGACCCCCCCACCCUCCACAAGUUCUGGGCGAGGGUCCUCCACCACAUGACAAGGCAUGAUUUCAGCAUUACGAUCACAUUUCUAAAUGGUGGAUGGUUGAAAUCAUGUUAGGAGAUAAUGACAUACACAUAUUCAGAAGUAGUUUUGCAUCAGGGUUGAAAUAAUGCCAGUAAUAAAAAUAAUAAGUAUGUUGUGUACCAAAUUAUUCUCUCGUUUAUGGCUUCCAUAUUGGCUUCUACUGCAGGCAUGGUAUUUCACCUAUGGAUUCUCCCUGUUAAAACCAGCUUGGUUCUCUGCCAUUCUUGGAUUACAUCUUUUUUUAACUAAUAAAUGACUUGAUGAUA